AUGAGUUAUACUCCUAUGGAUACUAAUCAGUUAGAGCAUCAACAUCAACAUCAAAAUGUUGCUACUGUGUUAUGUUGUAACUGUGGUGCCCCUAUUGAUGGGUCUACUGGUUUAGUUAUGUGUUAUGAUUGUAUUAAGAUGACUGUCGAUAUCACUGAAGGUAUUCCAAGAGAAGCUAAUGUUUCAUUUUGUAGAAAUUGUGAAAGAUUCUUACAACCUCCUGGUCAAUGGAUAAGAGCUGAACUGGAAUCAAGAGAACUAUUAGCACUAUGUUUACGUCGUUUGAAAGGUUUGAAUAAAGUUAGAUUAGUCGAUGCAUCGUUUAUAUGGACUGAACCCCAUUCCAGACGUAUUAGAGUUAAGUUAACCGUUCAAGGUGAAGCUAUGGUUAAUACUAUUAUUCAACAAACUUUUGAAGUUGAAUAUAUUGUCAUUGCUAUGCAAUGUGCUGACUGUGCCAGAUCUUAUACUACAAAUACUUGGAGAGCUACCGUUCAAAUUAGACAAAAAGUUCCACACAAGAGAACUUUCUUAUAUUUGGAACAGUUGAUUUUAAAACACAACGCUCAUGUUGAUACCAUUUCCAUCACUGAAGCAAAGGAUGGUUUGGAUUUCUUUUAUGCCCAAAAGAACCAUGCUGUUAAAAUGCUGGAUUUCUUGAAUUCUGUCGUUCCUAUUAAAGCCAAAAAAUCCGAAGAAUUGAUCUCUCAGGAUGUUCAUUCUGGUUCUGCUACUUAUAAAUUCUCAUAUUCCAUUGAAAUUGUUCCAAUUUGUAGAGAUGAUUUAGUUGUCCUACCAAAAAAAUUAGCAAAGUCUUUGAGUAAUAUUUCUCAAUUUGUUUUAUGUACAAAAGUUUCAAACACACUUCAAUUCAUGGAUCCAACUACUUUACAAACUGUAGAUUUAUCUGCUCCUGUUUAUUGGAGAAAUUCAUUCCAACCGUUGGCUGAUGUCUCACAGUUAGUAGAAUUUAUGGUUUUGGAUGUCGAACCAGUUGGAAUAAGUAAAGGAAAACAUGUCUUAGCUGACAUAACUGUAGCUAGAUCUACUGAUUUAGGUGUUAACGAUCAAACAUACUAUGUUAGAUCUCAUUUGGGUGCGUUAUGCCAUUCUGGUGAUACUGUUAUGGGUUACUUCGUUGCCAAUUCCAAUUAUAAUUCUGAUUUAUUCGAUGACCUGAAUAUUGAUCAUGUUCCAGAUGUUGUUAUAGUUAAGAAAUUAUACCAAAGAAAGAGCAGAAAGAACAGAAACUGGAAGUUGAAGAGAAUGGCUAAGGAACAUAAGGAUAUUGAUGCUUCUCAAGAUUACAGUUCCAAAUCUCAAAAACAAGAUAUUGAACGUGCUGAAAGAGAUUACGAAUUAUUCUUGCAAGAAUUGGAAGAAGAUCAAGAAUUAAGACAAACUGUUAAUCUAUAUAAGAGCAGUAAUCCAGAAAAUAUUGAAGAACAUGGUAUGGAAGAAGAUGAAGAUGAAGACGCUCCUCAAAUCGAUAUCGAUGAAUUGUUAGAUGAAUUGGAUGAAAUGACAUUAGAUGACAACGGUGCAGAUGAGAUGGGUGAAGGUAUGUAA